GCAAGCCUGAACCAAGAACUUUGCCAUUACUGUGGAAUAUGUGAAGCAUGGAGCCCUUGGAGCUGGAUAGUGCUGGUGCAUUUCAUGAGCAAAACUCCAUUCAUGUGCCGACAACAAAGGACUGACCAAUCCGUGCCUUCCAUCUUAAAAGAGAGCCCAGGAAGUACAUUCUAUUGAAGAAUCUCCAUUUGAAAGGGACACAGAACAAGAGCACAGCCACUUAUCUUAACAGUCAUGGAGGCCACUGGUAACAGCCAGGAGGAGGUAUCGACCUGCAGAAAUGAAACAGCAGCAGACAAACCCUCUCUGCUAAACGAUGCUGUCCGAAACCAUUCAAUAGAUACAGUCCGGCAGCUGUUGAAGGAAGGAGCAGAUGUUAAUUCCAAGGUAGAAGGUGGUUGGACACCUCUGCACAGCGCUGUACAGGAUGAUCAGGAAGAGAUCGUUGAUCUUCUGCUGGAGAAGGGUGCUGAUCCGUGUGCUAGGAAGAAAAACGGUGCCACUCCCUUUCUUGUAGCAGGGAUAGUGGGAAAUGUGAGACUUUUAGAGCUCUUCCUUUCUAAGGGAUCAGAAAUCAAUGAGUAUGAUGACAAUGGUUUCACAGCUUUUAUGGAGGCUGCUUGGUAUGGGAAUGAGGAGGCCUUAAGAUUCUUGUACGAUAAUGGGGCAGAUGUGAAUUUGCGGAGGGUGGUUAACGAGGAGAAAAGGACACUGAAUAAAGGGGGGGCAACAGCCCUGAUGGAUGCUGCCAGGGAGGGCCACCUCUCAGUCGUAAACAUUCUUGUCAGUGAGAUGAAGGCUGACAUUAACAUCUGUGACAACCAGGACAGGAAUGCUUUAAUCCAUGCCUUCCUUCCAAGUGAUAACAAGACAAAGGAGUCAAUUCUCGCGAUAGUUCAUUUCCUGCUGGAUUGUGGUGUUGAUGUGAACAGAAGAGAUGAACAUGGGAAAACUACCAUCAUCCUGGCAGUCGAGAUGCGAAGUCUGGAUUUGGUGAAAGCUUUAUUGGAGAAGAAUGAAGUUGACAUCAAUGAUGCUGACAGAGAGGGCAAAACAGCACUGAUGAUAGCUGUAGAGAAAAACUAUUAUGAAAUAGCAAAGCUACUGUGUGAAAGGGGGGCAAGGACUGACCUUGGGGACCUUAUUGGGAUUGUCAAUAGGAAAUACAAUAAGAAAAUGGCAGAUCUUCUUCGCCAGUACGGCGCCAAGGCUGUUCCAAGUCAACCUCAAGAUUGGGAACCCACCAGCAAACGCUGGGGAGAGCAGCUGAAGGUUCUCUACAACAUGUAUCGUCCUAUGAUUGGAAAACUUAAAAUCCUCCAACAUAAUGAUUUCAGGAUUCAGAGAACCUCCCAAGGGGGCAUCUACCUGGGACUCUAUGAUGGGAAAGAGGUGGCUGUGAAAAUAUUCCGCAUUGGCACAGAAAUUGCUAAACAAGAGAAAAUGUGCCUUGAACAAUGUCUGACCAGCAACCAUUUAGUAAAGCUUUUUGGGGCUGAGGAAAAGAAACCCUGCCUGUACUUGUGCCUCUCGCUCUGUGAGAAGAACCUUGAAGAACACCUGAGUGCAUCAGAGAAUGAAGUGAAUUGCAAGUGUGUUCUUAAGACACUCUUUGAGGCAGUUCAAGAACUACACAUGUUUGGAUUUGGCCAUCAGGAUCUACACCCACGAAAUAUUUUGAUAGAUGCUGCUGGUAAAGUUCGCUUAGCGGAUUUUGAUAAGAGCAAAAGAUUGAGUGAAGGACAGAAGGAUGAUGUUAUAAUCAAAGACCUGAAGGCGCUCAGAAAGCUGGUCCUGUAUGUUGUAACAGUGGGUAAGGUCCCCUUUGAGGAAAAUCAUAGAGACGAUUUGGAUGCAAGUUGUCCAGAGGAUGUGCAGGACUAUGUGGAGAUUGCAGACCUUAGGAAAAGUCUGGUCUCCCCUGAUGAAGGAAGCCCAGUUGAGAACCUGCUGAGAGACUUGAUCCAACAUCCCUUUUUCUGGAGCAAGCAGACCAGGUACAGGUUCCUGAGAGACGUUGGAAAUGAGAGCGAUAUCAAAACACGCAACACCAAUCCCAACAAUGAGAGUGAGAUUCUGAAAGCUUUGAAUUGUGAUGAGCACCCUUUGCAGCAGUGGACUGAGCAGAUUGACAAAUUGGUUCUGGACAGCAUGUUCAACCCCUUCAACAACAACAGGAAGAACCAGAACAAGAACAAGAAGAAACAGUAUGAAAACUAUGUCACGGACCUACUGAAGUUCAUCAGGAACAUGGGCGAGCACUUUGAUGAGAAGAAAGAAAAGGUCAAGGAAAUAAUCAAGGAGCCCUCGGAGUAUUUCCUGAACCUAUUUCCAGAAUUGACAGUUUAUGUCUACAAGUGUUUACGCAGCAUACAGCAUCAUAGACAUUUUCCAAGCCCUCAGAGUCUUUCUCAGCUGUAGCAUGUUGUAUCACUUCAGGUUAUAUGGCUGAAUCCCAUUGACUAACUUCCUUUUCAGCACCAUUUCGUUCAGCUGCCAAAAAGUGUCAUACAAAGUGGGGAAGGGGCUGGGUGGGCAGAGGGUAUUGGAAUUUCAGUCAGUGAUUCUGAUCUCUGGAUUCAGCAUUGAAGCACUCAGCUGUAAAGAUGCUAUGUUUGAGUGGGUUCAUGGAGGACAAUUACAUUGAGGAAAGGAAGAACUAAGUGCUAGAAGGGCAAGUGCCAGGUCUGGGGCUGCAGGAUAGGUGCCGCUCCUCCAGCAGGUCCAGGCUGGGGGAGGGGCACCCCAGCUGCACCUGGGUGCAGGCCGCACCAGACCAGGCCAUGCCUGGGUCCAGGCCAGGCCUGGGGCCGGGUCUGGGCCGCACCGGCCGCACCUGGGGCUGAGCGCCAUGGCAGGUCUGGGACGCAGCAGAGUUUGGGCCGGCAGAGGGGCGCCCCUCACCCAGCUGCGGCGGGUUCCCUAAGCACCCGUGCAUCACUAAAUAGGCUGCUGCGCGGCCGUGCAGCUUACAGGGAACUUAGGUCAGGACCCCUUCCUCUGUUCAAUGGCUGCUUCCUUUCUCCCUUCUGGUGCAGUUAAUUGAUGGACAGAGAAAGAGGGAGCAGGAGGGGGUCCGUUGGAGCAUUUAGUCCUUCCUUCUAUCGUUGAGUCCCCCUCUUGGAAAACAUUUCCAGCUGAUAUUCAGGAGACACAGUGUCUAUAUGUCAGGAUAUU